CUAUGCGAUACCUAGACACAUAAGACCCUCUCACUUUAUAUCUAACCUAUAGACACUUCACUAUAACUACCACUACCACUACCACUACCACUAUCCUAACCUUCAUCCAUCCCCUAACUUCUCUCUUCCCAUCAUCCCACCAUGCCCCCUCUCCAAACCAUUCCCGCCCGCCGCGGCGCCGCAACCCUCGUCCGUACCUCCCAGACCAUCAAAAUUAUCAAUACCCAUGGUAACCAGGUCGUGGACACAUGGGCAUUCGCUCUGCCCACUUCCACGGUGAGCAAAGCCGACAUCUCGGCACCCGUGUUCCCUUCCGCCACGCCUACCUCUCCCAUGCACUACACCACCACUUCCAACACUGCGGCCAGCGCCCCAGAAUUCAUGUCCAUGAGCCACACCCGCGCCACGCUCUGUAAACUCACUCCCAGCGUAGGCGACACACUGGUUUCCCAGAAGCGCGCUGCCAUGGUAACGCUGGUUGAAGACAGUAGUCCGGGUGUUCAUGACACGUUAAUUGCGGCGUGUGAUAGAUGGCGGUAUAGUGAAUUGGGAGUAAAAGGAUACCACGAGUCGUGCACGGAUAAUUGUUGGGAUGCGUUGGACGCCCUAGCAUCGAGGCUAUCAACCACUAACGUAGUGGUGGAGGGAUUGAAAGCCCUACAAUCAAGUCUCGGAGGCCGGGUUCCUGAUCCGUUCAAUCUAUUUAUGAAUAUUCCUGUUACGGCGGACGGCGAGGGCGCCAAACGAGGUGUGAGUUUCGAGGCGCCUGUGACGAAGCCGGGCGAUUAUGUGUGUUUGAAAGCGGAGAGGAAUGUUGUAGUUGUUAUGAGCGCAUGUCCGCAGGAUGUGUUGACGAUUAAUGGGAAGAAACCUGUGGAUGCGCAUUAUCAGGUUUUCGAUUAG